ACCAAGAGUCUAGACAGAAAUAUACUGUCCUUAAUGUCUGGAGUGUAGAUGUCGCUCUCGUUUAGGAAGACAAAAGAAAGAGUCGUAGUCAUUGAAGGUUCCUGGAAAAAAAGGGAAAUGACACAUUCAAAUCUGUACUGUUCCGUAAAGAGAGAACUGAUGGGAUUUUGGCAAUCAGUUGGUUUAUAUCUUGGAAAUUACAAUAGCAGACACUUUUAUCCAAAGGGACUAACAUCAGAGUAUGACACAAGCAAGGAUCUAGAGAGGAGGAAACAACGUCGGGAAGUACAUCUUAAGUCUGAUCAGACACCUAGUAGCAUAGACUGUAAUCUGCAGUCCUGUUAAUGCCAUGAUUAUUCCGAGUCAUUGGAUAUAUUGAAAGGUUCAUAUCUGGAUUAGUUUGUACCUAUACCUAAUGUUGCUUAUAACCAACAUAAAAUCAAAAAUGGGGAGGUAAGUCCUUGAUAGCAGAAGAUUAAAUUGACAAAUCUGUUCCAUUCUGAUUCAGGUGAGAGUUGUUGCACAACUGGGUCAGAGUAUGAUCCUAGUAUUCCUGUGUUACAUGACCAUGCAGUUUAAGAUAUUUUAUUGGUAUCACAUUUUGCCACUAGAUGGCAGUAUAAAUGUGACAUGACAAUGCUUUCUGUGGCAUCAUGUGAACAGCUACAGGAGCUUGGAUGUUGCUUUUCCUUUGGGUGUAAUCAAGUCCGCGUUUGUUUGCUGAUUUUGAAAAAAGCUCAAGUACAGGGUAUAACUAAUGCAGAGCUACACAUACUUUAGAUGCAUUGAUUCAAGUAUGGUUUGAGGCUAAAUCAGCCCAAUGAGAUGCCUGCAGUACAUAUUUCCUUCAAGAUGCAGACUAAGACAGCCUGUGUUUGUAUCCUGUGCAGAGAGUAACACAUCACCGUCACACCAAGGUAUACAAUGCCUAGUGCAGUGUAAGCAGUUGGGUGACCAGAGAGCAGGGCUGUGGUGUGUGGAAAAUGCUAGUGGAGGCAGACAAUGCACUGGUCUGAGGCCUGACCAGCCCUCAGAGGGACAGGGGUCGCCUCACUGCGACAACAGCCCCUGUCUCCCUCCCUUCUUUUUCUUUUUUUCAGCUGCUCUCAGCAUGGGAACGGGGAGGACGCUGAAGUUCGCCCUGUGCGAGGUGUUGCAGUUUGCAGGCCUGUGUGUACCACUCUUCGUCGUCAUGCAGAGGUUUGCCGUCAUCGUAGCCAAGGUCAAAACCUCGGUGCAGCCGCCUGGCGAUGGAAGCACGGCCUAUUGGUUAAUCGUGGCCUCCUCCAUUGCGUAUGUCACCUCCACUGCUCUGCUGGUCUGGGUGCCCUUGAAGUACAUGGUCUUCAUGAAGAAAAAGUUCCUCAUUGGGAGGAAGAAGUGGAGGCCUGUGGCCCUCGUUUAUGUGAUCCUGUCCACAUUACCCUGCUUUGCCUUUCUCAUCGCCAGCUCUGAGGUUCAGAUAAACAACAACAUGAAAAAUGACACAUUCAAGGAGCUCCCUGUAUCACUAGUCCUCUUCUCUCUCAUCUGUAUUGAUGUUGUGGAGAGGAUACGUUACUGUAGACUGACCGGCCAGGCUAAUGGCAUGGAGAGAGACGCUGAAAUCCCCUCCACUGUCCUCACACAUGUAGAGCAGGUUACAGCAGUGACACCCAUCAAUCCAGGGCCAGGGCCAGCUGUGCCUGAGCAGGUUGUGCCAACUCCUUUAUCCCAGGGAGCAAGCCAGCACAACGACCGGAACCAAAAUGGAGGAGGCGCUCGUCCAGAGACCAACGGGACUGUCCCAGGGAUACCUGGUAAUCCUGGGAGACCUUUUAGCAUCGCUGGAUUGAGCUCACGAUCAGCAAGCACCACUGCAUGCCGUGUAUCUCCAUAUACCUACACAGGUCCGCUGAGAUUCCUAUGUGCCAGUGACGCUCGAGCAGACGUUUUUGUGGACAGCUUUAUGUUCUGGAUGGACACAGUGGAGAUGGUGAGGGUGGCAGGAGAUCCCCUGGUCUACUACUCAGGCUGGGUGUUCCCAAUCUAUAUCUUCAGCUACCUGUCUUGUCUGCGUGUGGUGGUCAUGCCCCACAGCCCCCUGCUAUCCUCACUAGGAGUGGCCGUGCAGGACUUACCCUUCUUCUUCGUGCGCGUUGGCCUCAUUGCCUUCUUCGGCUUUGUCACACCGCUCCUUUACCUUAUGAAGAACCUGUUGGUUUUCCUCGCUUUUGUCUAUUUCAACUUCAUGACCAAGCUGAGGGUCUUCAACACAGAGAGGAUGUUCUUCUGAGACCAAAGCUUCCAGUAAAGACAGUGCAACAACAAAAACAUGCAUUAGGUACGAUUCGGUGGAACCAAGAGAAACUCUAGUGAGGUUUAUGAACAAGCUUGUUGUAAAUUAAAGCUAAGCCAAACCCUUACAUUUCGUUGGUGCAUUAUUGAAUAUCUGAUUUGAAACUGGCUAGGGGUUGUUCUUAGUUCAAAUGUAAAUGCAACUGGACUAGACGGAAGUUCUUAAAGAUGGUUCAUCCAAUCAAAGAAGCCUUUUGAGAAUAUCUUCAAAAACAUCUACCAUGCCAAAAAGCCUUUUUCGAUUAACUUUAAACUAGGACGCAAAUAUUAUUGGGGAUUCCAAUUAUCCCUAAUAUGCUUCACCGAUGAAGCAGUAGGAAUAAUUCAGGGUUAAGUGUCUUGCCCGAGGACACAUCGGACAUGCAGGAGCUGGGGAUUGAACCUCCAACCUUCCAGUUGAGAGACAACCAACUCUAACAACUGAGCCAAAGCCACCCCAUACAUUUUUGCAACCAAACCAAGAUAUGAAUUUUACUUUCAUAGGCCAAAAGGGAGCUCUUAAGCAAUGUUUUCCCAUGAAGACCAUUAUGUGUCGAAUGCUGUUGUAUGUUGUCAUUAUUUGCCUUUAUGUUUGAACAAACCUUUUUUUAACCCCUAAUCUUGGCCAAAUAUGGCAGUUUGAGAAACGUACCAUCACCUGAAAUUUCAUGGCAGAUUAUCGUCUGCCAUCCAAAAGUGCAGUGAAUGUUUAAAAGCAUAAUUUCAUGUUGUUGAUAUUGGUUUUUUUUCAUUUUGCUAAGUUAUAUUCUCAAAGUGUGAUUUGUACAUUUUAACAUAUAACCAAAAAACAUUCAGUUACAUGUUUUAAGUUUCACAAAUGUAAAUUACUCUGUAUGGAGAAUAAAGUGAAAGGAA